UACCGGAAAAGCAACUGUCGCAAACGCGGAAGUGCUGGAACGAAAACAAAAUAACCGUUUUUUAUUUUUCGGAAUCGAGUCGUCAACGAAGAAAACUCCCCGCAGCUCCGCGUAGUUUCUGGAUUUUUUACUUUUUAUUCCCGCCGACGAGUGUAGCUCACGAUGGAGUUCCUGUUUGGGAAGAGGAAGACUCCGGAGGAGAUGCUGAGGCAGAACCAGAGAGCGCUCAACCGAGCCAUGAGAGAACUGGAYCGCGAGCGGAUGAAGCUAGAGCAGCAGGAGAAGAAGAUCAUCGCCGACAUCAAGAAAAUGGCCAAACAGGGACAGAUGGACGCGGUGAAGAUCAUGGCCAAAGACCUGGUCCGUACACGGCGCUAUGUGAAGAAGUUCAUCAUGAUGAAAGCCAACAUCCAGGCUGUCAGCCUGAAGAUCCAGACGCUGAAGUCCAACAACAGCAUGGCGCAGGCGAUGAAGGGCGUCACAAAAGCCAUGGCGACCAUGAACAGACAGCUGAAACUGCCACAGAUUCAGAAGAUCAUGAUGGAGUUUGAGAAACAGAGCGAGCUCAUGGACAUGAAGGAGGAGAUGAUGAACGACGCCAUCGACGACGCGAUGGGGGAUGAAGACGACGAGGAGGAGAGCGAUGCCAUCGUGUCCCAGGUGCUGGACGAGCUCGGCCUCAAUCUGUCCGACGAGCUGUCGAAUCUUCCGAGCACCGGGGGGAGCCUCUCGGUGGCGGGAGGGAAGAAAGCCGAGCCGCAGGCCGCCCUGGCUGACGCAGACGCCGACCUGGAGGAGCGUCUGAACAACCUGCGCAGAGACUGAGGCCGAGGCAUUGAUGUUAAUAUAAAAAUACUCCCAUCUUUGUGUCCGGCUUUGUUUUGAAGCGAAAGGCUGCGGCAGCAGACGGGCUCCUCUAAAGGCUUUCUGUUCGAGUUUGUUUCAUUUAUUUUGUAUCUUAUUAAAGACAAACUCGUGUUACAAAAAUGAUUCUCAUUCUUAGGUUUUGCAAAUUCUCAGCUCGUUAAGACUCUGCCACAUGACAGAUUGUCUGAACAUUUAUAUCAUUAUCUGUAAAUACUAAAUCUUCAAGGCAUGUUUUUCAUUGUUUGAAUAAACACUAAUUACAAAAAUAUUUAAAGACCAAAUAAAAGAUGGUAAUAAAGAAAGUCAAAUUUUAUAUUAUUUACACAUGGGUGUUGGUGUAUUUUGUACAUGAGGCGGGUUUGGUGAACUUUUUAUCGUCAUUAAAACAUUUUCUGCAUUUUUAAAGGUAUUUAGAUAUAAAGGCAGCCAGAAGACGAUCUAUACGGACAGGUUUGUUUUACCGUGGAUUAGAAAGAAGGUUGUUCAUCUGCCUCAGCURUGAUGGAAAAGACUCCAUGUUUUCUGCUGACGACUCUGAGAUCAGCAGCAUUUUCACCGAAUGUUCAUAAGGACUCGCUGGUGUUUUUUUUUUACUUGUUUUCAUUUAUUAAACAUUUUUCCAGAUUUAAAA